CCGGGCUGGGCCGCCCGGCGUGGGACCAGAUCUGUGGCGUCCCCGCCGCCGCAGGGAGCGCCGCACGCCAGGGCACAUGUGAUUCGGCGGUUGCCCGGACAGCGGCCCGAUGCCCACCAGUGCUGACCCGGCCGGCGAGCCGGCGCCUCCCACCGCCUCCAGACAGCAUGCGCCCUGACCGGAACACCCCAGUUGCGGCCACGCAAAGUGGUGGCGCUCGAGGCGGACCAUGUUCAAGUUCCACUCCGUCCACGGGUCCCACGUGUCGCUAGAGAAUGAUGACACUUGCGCCUCGCGCCGCGAGGGCUUCUGCAACGGUAUCACCUUCAGCUCUGGCCCGCUGUUGCGCGGCGAGCAGUACCACCUGCGGCUGACCCAGGUCACCGACUGGAACGGCGCCGUGCGCGUGGGCGUGACCUGGCACGACCCGGCCACGCUCACCUCGCUGCCGCGCUACUCCUUCCCCGACCUGAUCCGGCGACCCGGCUUCUGGGUGCGCACCGUGCGAGAGCAGCACCUCCGAGACGGCGCCAGGGUGCACUUCUGGCUGACGGAGGAGAGCGAGCUGCACGUGUCGGUGAACCAUCGCCAGGUGACGCGGCUGGCUACCGGCGUGCCGGCCGACCGGCCGCUCUGGGCCCUCAUCGACGUGUACGGCAACACGCAGGCCGUCCAGAUCACGUGCGACGAGGAGACGCCGCUGGAGAUCCUGGCGCGCGGUCAGGCGGCGCGCGACCUGUACCGUCGUGUGAGGCGAUCCGGAACCGUCUCCGUCUACCGCAGCCGACUGUUCCUGGUGGGCGGCUAUAGGGCGGGCAAGACGUCGCUGCGCCACCUGCUGCUCGGCACGGAAGCCGGAGAGACCUCGCCUACAGCGGGCCUCAGUAGCUCGGAGCUCUUCACGUUCGCAGCGGACGACCCGGCCUGCUGGCGACCCGUCGAUGGCGUACGACUGACCAGCGGCCGCCGUUCGCGCGCGCAGAGAGAGCCGGAGGAGAUCGAAGAGGAGUACCAGACUGCCAUCGCUCGCAACGUGGUGCGCGAGCUGCUCAAGGACAGGAAGUCCCGCGAGAUGGCCAAGCUGAAGAACCGCUCGUCGUCUCGCUCUUUUUCCAGCACAUUCAGGGUCAACCUCAGCCGCAGCAGCCUCAACCGGGUGGUGCCAAAGAAGGAGUUUGAGGUGACGGACGAGGGGGCGCUGAAGGAGCUGCCGGCCGACAUCGUGCGCCUGGUGGAGGAGAUGCUGACCGAGUCGCCAGACAACAGCCGAGAGCGGGAAGCUGCCGCCUCUCCCAGUCAGGCACAGCAGGUCACCGUCAGCGUGUGGGACUGGAGCGGCGACGCCGAGUUCGAGCCGCUGGACGGGCCGGCCGUCACCACCCGCUGGCAGAGGGGCGAGGUCGGUCACCCGCCAGCUCACGGCUCGCUCAGCGUCAUGCUUCCGGGGCCAUCUGGCGGCCAGCCGGAGCAGCGCCGAGCCGUCACCGAUCCGGCGUGGCCAAAAAGCAACUCCGUUUGA